GUGGCUGUGACGUCAUAGUUAAAACUUCCGCCGAAAAAUUGUUAAAGAUUUUAGGUUUUUGUUAGUUAGGUUAAUUCGGCAGUUUGUUAAUUUGAAUCCAAAAUAUUUAAACUAACGUCAUGUCCACGAGAGCAGAGAGGGAAAAACAAACAAAUCAAAACGAAAGACACAAAAAUAUUUUGGCAAAGUUUCUCGCGAAAGAAGAAAAUAAAUUUUGUGCGGAUUGUUUGGCAAAAGGACCACGCUGGGUGUCGUGGAACCUCGGGGUUCUUCUUUGCAUCCGAUGUUCGGGGAUCCACCGUAGUUUGGGGGUUCAUAUCUCGAAGGUGAAGUCGGUCAACCUUGACACGUGGACCAACGAGCAAAUGAUUAAAGUUUGCAGUCGAGGAAACGGUUGGGGUCGCGAUUAUUACGAAGCAAAUUUACCGACGGGUCAUAAAAGACCCAACACCGACUCGAGUCUGGAAUAUUUCAUCCGAGAUAAAUACGAACGGAAGAAAUAUUUGUCGUCGUCGGAUAUUCCGCUUCGUUCCAUUGAGGAAUACGGGAUAACAGGGGAAAGUAGGGAAGUCCCCAAAAAGAAGAAAGAAGUCGGCAAAAUAUCGGCCCCAAUAUCGAAUUGGAAAACUUCACCGACACCUCGACCCCACAAACCAACCAACAUGUCACAAGAUCAACAACCCCAAAUGGGGAUUCCCCAACAACCCAUGGGUUACCAUGGUUACCAACAACAAGCGACCAUGCCAACUUAUCAACAAAACUAUCAACAACAACAUUGGACACAACAACAACAACAACAGCAGUUACAGCAUCAGAUGCACACGUUGAACAUCGGCAACACUGGAAUGCGAUCCCACAGCUCGAUGCCGCAGAUGCAUGGUGCAGGGGGAUUCACCCAGUACCCCCCUAACCCCCUAACAUCUAGCCAACCCUCGUUAAUGGGGCUUGACCCCACUAUGGGGUCGUGGGGUAAUGGGGGAAUCCCCAUGGGUCAAACCUUGAGCAACCAACUGUGGAAAUGAUGGAGCAACCCCUGUAUUUACCCCGGACCCCGCCCCCCCCCGCACAACCCUAUUAAACCCCGCUCACAACCCCUCUCUAUCAUUGAACAUUCCCCCAUUUUAUAUUUAUUGUUUUUAGUGCAUAAUCACCAUUAUGACAUCAUUGAGGUUUUAACAAUAGAUUGCUUGGUGUAUUGUGACGUCAUAUUUGAUAUUUAUUUGUAGCUCAUUGUUUGUUGGCGGAUCCUAUUAUGAUGUCAUAGGCAAUAGAAUAAACUCAUUGUUACGUCA